AAGAUGUAAAUGUAAAUUUUCCAUCUGUGUUAAUUGACCUGCAGACCUUUUUAUCUUCUGAACAUUUUCAUUGCAAAUACAAUAACCAUAUAACAGUUUGAAGACUGGAGAUAAAUUAGACUGGAGAGAAGCCUAUCAGUCUGUCAGGAUCAUCUGAGGCUCUGCUCUCCUUUGUCACUCGUUUUUAUCGUCUUAACUGCCAUCAAGCCACAUUCAUUACGACUCAUAAGUAAAUGUUUCAUUAGUGGGUUUAUUCAAAUGAAAAUAAACUGGGAAUUACGCUUCUGAUGAGAAGAUAACUGUAAAGAACAGUAUUUAACGCCCGUCUCUCUCAGCUCUCACUACACCUGAUCAUCAGCACAGGAUACUGGACAAUUAGAGCACAAAGUUUAAUAUCACUGUAGAAGAACAGACCAUUCAUUUAGAGUUAAAGGCUUAUAAAAGAUGGAGAGCUUGAGCGUGAAAUUCAUUUUGAUCACUCUGCUUCUCCAGCUGUGCCUCUCUGUGCAUGAGGUUAAUGCUGGUGGUGGACCAGCAGCAGGAGGAGCAGCUAGAAGAGCAGCUAAAAGAGCAGCUGGAGUAGCAUUUUCAAAAACAGCUGGAGAAGUAGUUGGAGGAUUAGUUGGAAAAGAAGCUGGAAAAGCAGUUGGAGAAGCAGUUGGAAGAGCAGUUGGAGGAGCAGCUGGAGGAACAGAUGGAGAAGCAGUUGGAAAAGUAGCUGGAGGAAAAGUUGGAGGAGCAAUUGGAGGAGCAGUUGGAAAACUAGCUGGAGGAAAAGUUGGAGAAGCAGUUGGAAGAGCAGUUGGAGGAUCAGCUAGAAGAGCAAAUAAAAGAGCAGUUGGAGCAGCAGUUGGAAGAGCAGCUGGAGGAGCAGCUGGAGGAACAGCUGGAGAUGCACUUGGAGGAGCAGUUGGAAGAGCAGUUGGAGGAGCAGUUGGAGGAACAGCUGGAGAUGCACUUGGAGGAGCAGUUGGAGGAGCAGCUAGAAGAGCAGCUAAAAGAGCAGCUGGAGGAGUAUUUUCAAAAAAAGCUGGAGAAGUAGUUGGAGGAUUAGUUGGAAAAGAAGUUGGAAAAGCAGUUGGAGGAGCAGUUGGAAAAGUAGCUGGAGGAAAAGUUGGAGGAGCAAUUGGAGGAGCAGUUGGAAAAGUAGCUGGAGGAAACGUUGGAGGAGCAAUUGGAGGAGCAGUUGGAAAAAAAAUUGGAGGAGCAGUUGGAAAAGUAGCUGGAGGAAAAGUUGGAGGAGCAAUUGGAGGAGCAGUUGGAAAAAAAAUUGGAGGAGCAGUUGGAGUAGCAGUUGGGAAAAAAAUUGGAAGAGCAGUUGGAGAAUCAGCUAGAAGAGCAAAUAAAAGAGCAGUUGGAAGAGCAGUUGGAGGAACAGCUGGAGAUGCACUUGGAGCAGCAGUUGGAAGAGCAGCUGGAAGAGUAGUUGGAGGAGUAGCUGGAGGAACAGUUGGAGGAGCAGUUGGAGAUGCACUUGGAGCAGCAGUUGGAAGAGCAGCUGGAAGAGUAGCUGGAGGAGCAGCUAGAGGAGCAGUUGGAGGAGCAGCUGGAGGAACAGUUGGAGGAGCAGUUGGAGGAACAGCUGGAGAUGCACUUGGAGGAGCAGUUGGAAGAGCAGCUUGAGGAGCAGUUGUAGAUGAGGAGGGAACCGCAGCUGAACCAGGGGCCAGACUGGCAAGACCGAGGAUCAAAACGCAAAAAUGGCAAAAGCCAAAUUGUCAUGAAGCUUCAGCAGCCGCUUGAACAUCAGCAUCACUUUUUCUCCUUUUAAUCUUCUAAUUGUAAAGAAGAUCUUAAUAAACCUGAAUGUAGCAAAUG